GCUCCAUCCAGCCAACACCGCCACAGUGGGAUGGGACUGGACGCUGCUGAAAUACAUCAUGGAGGACCAGCUCCACCAGGCUCAUACCAUCUCCAUCUGCCCUCAGGAGAAGCCCCCUGGCCGGCUCCUCUUCCUGCAGUACGUGGUGCAGACCCUGGAGGAUGACUUCCAGCAGAACCUCAGGUUGCGCCUGCUGCAGAAGUCAAUUGCCAAGAAAGUGCUUUCAUGUGACACGUGCUUCAACAAUGUCAAGGAGGUGGUCGAAUGGUUGGUUGCAGCAGUUACAGGAGUCGGGUUCUCUCAGCCCCAGGAGCAGCCACAAGAAAUUACAUCCUCUUCAGCAGAAGCAAAGGCCGAACACAGCUCAUCUGCACCACGGCUGGCCAGCACUGACCAGGCAGAGAUGGCUCCACCAGCUUUCUUUGCCCAGAAGGUGAUGCUCCUCCUCCAGCGGAUGUUGUCCAUCGCAGUGGAAGUGGACAAAUCUCCAAACUGCAGCUCCUAUAAGAUCGCAGAUGUGAUAUUCCCGUUUAUACUGAAUAUUCCCUUGAGGAGCCAAAGGGAAGCUUUCUUAAACACCAUGGAGAGCCAGCUCCUGCGCUGCAAACUGCUGGAGCUGUUGUUCCAGCAUAGUUGCGACGUGCCCACGACCUUGCCCUUGUCUUUGUCCAAGAUCCUGUACUUCCUGAGCCACUCCUCUGUGCUGCUGCAAUACCAGGAUGAAACAGCAACAUGGCAAAGAUGGGAUGAGAUGCUGCAGUACUUGAGUUUGCUGCUGCUGAGUUACCAAAAUGUAAUGCUGGAGCACUUACGGAGCUCACUCAACGACCGGAUGGACUUGAUUGUUCAGAAAGCCAAGCCCAAGCUCCAGGAUGGUGAUGACAUCAGCUACCUGGAAAUUCAACUGAAGAUAGAGGACUUCAUCAGCCAAAUGGAGCAGGUCCUGGGGCAGCCUUUUCCCGUGCAGAUCACGGAGAAACUAUGCAUGCUUCGGGAGUUGUUCCUCAUUGUCACUGCUGCUUGA